AUGGCUGCUGGUCUCAAGACCAUCAUAGCGCUCUCCUUCGUCCUCGCCGUAGGCUUCCUCCUCGUCAUCCUCUCAUGCGCCCUGUGGCAUGCAUACUACCCGCUUCUCGUCGUCGCCACCUACGUUGUCGCACCUCUCCCGAACUGGAUAUGUUCGCGGUGCGCAAAUCCUGAUGACUUCGGCGCAGAGGGCGGCGGCAAUGCGAUUUUGGACUUUGGGAAGUUCGUUACGGGUGGGCUGGUUGUUAUGGGUAUUGCACUUCCCGCAGUUCUCGCACACUCCGCAAUUAUCACCAUUCCAGCCAUGAUAAUGUCCAUCAUCGGCGGCCUCCUCAUCUACGGAACCAUCGUUACCUUCGGAAUGUUCUUCCAAGAGGAGCAGGAGUUCUAA